UGGAGGGGAAGUGUCGUCGUUCCCCGUAAACAACUACUUUUUUCGAAGUUGUCUUCAUACACAGUUAUUGUUUUAAAGUUAAAAGGAAAGUUUUUGUGCUAAGUCUUUUGUUCUGUCGAACUUGACGAAUACAAGACUUCAUUCUGUGUAGUUUGAGUUAUUAAGUUUGGUGAUUUUUUGUUGUUGUUGAUUUUUUUUUGUUUGGUGCAUCGUGCCGAUUCGGAGACCGGCGGCCCCACGAGGCACUAAAUCUGGACUUGCAAGUAACGGACCUUUGAGAACAAAAGCCUUCAGGGCGUGUAGUUGCGGUGGUACGUGCGAGCGGUCUCCGCUCCAACCGUCAAGCUGGCGAGCGCCCUGAGUAUGAACCCGCACUACCACGGGUACGCGGAGCUCAGCUCGCCCCACCCCUCCUCACCCGAGGCGGCCUUCGCCAACGGACACGACUACCCGCACAACAACAAUAACCCAGCACUCAAAGAAUGCGCAGGAUGCGGCGGAAAGAUCGUAGAAAGAUUCCUCCUCCACGCCCUUGACAGAUACUGGCAUCAUGGUUGUCUGAAAUGCACAUGUUGCGGCCAGGCACUUGCGGAUAUGGGCAGAUCGUUCUACUUCAAAGGAGGCAUGAUAUUAUGUAAAAGCGACUAUACUAGAAUGUUUGGUUCCGGCGGCGCGUGCGCAGCGUGCGGGCAGGCGAUACCCGCGAGCGAGUUCGUGAUGCGGACGAGUGCACCCCAGCAACCUCUACACGUCUUCCACAUAAAAUGCUUCGCAUGUUCUAAAUGUGGCUCACACCUCAUGCAGGGCGAUAGGUACUACAUGCUGGCGGGUUCCCUAGUGUGCGAGCAGGACUGGCAGAAGCUAAUGAAAAGUGCGAAUGCGGCAGCGCCAGGGGCGCCUGUUCGCAAGGGCAAGGUGGGUCGCCCGCGGCGGUCGCGGGAAUGAGCAAUGCCUGCCCCUGCGCAACACUCGCACCGAGAUUUUGAACAGAUGAUGGCCUGCUCAUAUUUAAGUGCAACGAGUUUUAAGCCUGAACCCUCGGCAAGUUCCUGGACGCAACCGCGUGAAGAGCCGGGUCAGAAUGCGUUCAGACUUGAACCAGAAACAGACAGCAUGGAGCCAGCCCUCGAUCUUACAACGUUCAAGCCCAAGCCAGCCAGCGAUGACUCCGAGUGACAGUGUUGUGCAAAGACAAUUGAACUUCAGUCGAAAGAAACCUGCGGUGUCGACUUAAUUUAAUCAUAAUUCAACAGUCUUCGUGUGAAUGCUACUAUGAUUUCAGCAGCAUUCACAAAUGUUGAAUAUGGCGGUUGUACUGGUAUUUAAUUUUGGUUGUGAAAUUGCAAUUUAUGUAAAAUUUAAUCUGCCAUCAUUCGAUUCUCCUAACUUGUAAGAUGUGUUUAACACGAGCGUGUUGUUUCUAUUUAAAGUGAUAAUGUAUCGAAACUGCAUAUCGUAAUAAUAUCUGAUCAUGGAAAUUGUAAUAUACCUAAUAAGUAAUCGGUUAAGACGCUUGUCCUUUAUCAAUAUUAACCAAUUUUAUAUUUCAUUAUCGAACAAAGGCAACUUAAGUAUUUCGGAGUAUUGAUUAUUUAAGGAACAUUUGCGGACGUGUUACAUCAUGUUAACUCGUUUUAAGUUUACACAUACAUUUAAGGAGUACACUUUUUUCAGUGUCCCGAAACAUUGAUGUACUCAAUCACCACAAUCCCAUUAAAAGAAAUGUUUAUUCAAAGUCGUUCGUUUCGUUACAAUACAUCAAUGAAAGAGUAUUAUUUUAUACAUAUUUUGAAUGCUAUAUGUAAUUCUUGCCAGUGGUUAAAAUUCUCAACGCAACUCUGUGAUUUCCAAUCUUUGUAAAUAUUUCUCGAAUAUUGUUAUUUCGUUUUUAAUUGACGAGCUGUUACUUUAACUUCGAGCCUGUAACAAUUUGUACAUAAUAGUAUACAUUUUAGUUGUAAGUAGACACAUCUUGUACCUUUUAAGAAGCAAAGUAGCAAUAAUUACGAUGCCAACAUCAUGAAUUGACGAGUUACUAUGUAUAUAUUACAAUAUUAACGUGUUGAUAAAAUCAAAUUUUAAAAUAUUUACAAUAUGUAAGUAAUAUUAAACGCUAACAUUCCUUAGGUUCAUAAUUUCAACAGUUAUAUUAAUCAUAUCAAAAAUACUGUUAAUACUACUUUUAAAAAAAGGAUUUUUCUAUAAAUGUCUAUGAUAUUUUUCUGAAGUUCAAAUGUAGAAAUGUAUAAUUUUCAAAAAUACAGAUUAAAAAUCACUAAAUAUUUUUAAUCUGUUAUAGUCGUAGCUUCAUUUGUUUAAAGUAGGUGUUUACAUGUCUAAUGUUAGCGUUUAUUCUUGCCAUUUAUUUGAAUUCAACUUGAUGGUCUCUCAAGUAUCUUAUAACAUUAAGCAAAUACACGUAGAAUUGCGGUGUUACCAGUUUAACAGAAACUUUCAUCUAGCCUAAGUAUGGCGACAGGAGAAAUUAAAUUUUGUA